AUUGUUUAAUAUAUUAUAACAAAACACUUUAAUAAAAAAUUUCAGUAUUAAAAUAUAUAUACGAAAUGAUUUUAAAUGAUCUAAUUUAAAAAUCACUGAUUUAUUCACUUUCGAUAAGUAUAGAUAAAAUAUAACUGUGCACGUUACUGUAGCUUUCACAUUAGUGUGAAGAUUCUGAGCGAAAGGUGUAUUUAUUGCAAAUGAAAACACUUCGUGACGUCUUUAAAAGGCAAGGUUUAGAAGAAAUGAAAUUGAGACGUACAGAAUUGCAAGCAGAAAUUGAAUCUCAAGAAGAAGAAAAAAAUUAUUUGCAAAGAGAAAUAGAAAAAUUAUCUUAUAAAUUAACACGCUUAAAUGAUAGUUUAACUAAAAGAAUAGCUGUCAGAAAUGAAUAUGACAGAACUAUUGCAGAUACAGAAACAGCAUAUAUAAAGAUUUUGGAAAGUUCACAACUUCUAUUAAAUAUGAUCAAGAGAGAAGCUACAAAUUUAGAUCAAACAUUACUUAAAACUAAUAUGGAUAAACAACAAAGUCAGUAAUAAAUGCAAAAUAAAAAUUAAAAUGGGAAAUAUUGAAUUUAUAAAUUAAAAAAAAAAAAUUUUUAAUCAUAUAUUUAAGGUCACAUAUAUCUUAUUAAGUUUGUAGCUAUAAUCAAAAGAAGUUAUUAUAACAAUUUUAU